AUGACCAUUGCUGCAAUGCCCCCGAGCGUCAGAGUCCUCGUUUGCCCUUCGGGUUUUAAGGGCAGCCUUCAGCCCGGUAAGGCAGCCGACUGCAUAGAGGCUGGUAUUCUGUCUGUCGAGCCCAACGCUCUUGUCCGCAAGGUCCCCCUCGUCGAUGGGGGCGAGGGCUUCACCCAAGCCUUGGUGGCGGCCACCAAAGGUACCAUCCACAACAUCUCGGUCACCGGCCCCAUUGGUAAGCCCGUAGAGUCAUUCUUCGGGAUCCUCGGCCAGACGUCUACCAUGACGGAGCCAAAGACAGCUGUGAUAGAGAUGGCGGCGGCGGCUGGGCUCAGCCUCGUACCGCCCGACUGCCGAAAACCCGGUAUCACGACCACCUAUGGUGUCGGGCAAUUGAUUCUCGCCGCGAUCGAAGCUGGUGCCCAAAGGCUCCUCGUGGGUUGUGGAGACUCUGGAACAUGCGACGGGGGCGCCGGCAUGCUGCAGGCCCUGGGUGCUCGUCUUAUUGACCGAGACGGAUAUAUCAUUCCCGAGGCUGGGGGUGGAGAGUCGCUCAUAGGGCUUUCCAACAUCGACCUCUCCGGGAUUGACUCGAAACUGCGCAACCUACCCAUCUCGGCCGCUGUCAACUGGCACAAUGUUCUCUGUGGUCCCCGCGGAGUGGCCGCCGUCUUUGGCCCACAGAAGGGAGCUACCGAGGAACAAAUAGCGCGCCUGUCGACGGCGAUGGAUGCUUUGGCCCGUGUGGCCGGCACGCUACUUCAGGACGACAACGUCGGCCUGUCUCCCGGUAGCGGAGCAUCCGGCGGCCUAGGCACUGGACUGCGUCUUAUCGGCACCAAGCUGAGGCCACGAUACGAUCUGGUCAUGGAGUACCUGUCUCUAGAAGGGCUGUUUGACGAAUGCGACCUUGUCCUGACGGCUGAGGGCGGCAUCGACAAUCAGACACCGAUGGGCAAGAUCCCUGGCGAGAUCGCCCGACGUGCAAAGAAGCACAAUCUCCCUGUCAUUGCCAUUGCGGGGACCAUCGGCACCGGGGCUAGGGUCAACUAUACAAUCGGUAUCGACGCCUAUGCGUGUAUUCUGCAACGGCCGACGACCUUAGAGAGAGCCGUUCAGGAGGCAGAAAGGUUGACUACAGAAAGUGCAGAGUCGGUCAUGCGAUUGAUUUCAAUUGGAAGAGUCAUGGAGAUUGGAAAUGGGACCGGAAUAACUCAGGUGAAGAAUAUCUGA